GGCUGACCUUAUGGUUUUGGUAACACUAAGCUAUAAGUACUGGGCCCUUUUCUCUCUGAUCAUGCUUGUUGGUUUGCACUGAUUAAUCUGGUUGAUCUGUUUGGUUAACCAACCACAAUAAUUUUGAAAUGAGCUCCAGUAGAGUGAAACAAAAAUUGAAUCCGGCUCUCAGGAGAAAUCUCUGAUCAUGCCGAUCUCGAUUCGUUCGCCGUCUCUGUGGCGAAAGACUGAAAAAAGCUCAUCUCUUAUCUGCAAUAUGUUGGACUACUAUCUCACACUGUUCUCCUCUCGGCAAAUGACUGACAUCCCCUAAGCAAACAGUCUUAACUGGACCUGUCAGAACAUGAGUACACCUGUAUUGUGUGCGAGAAGAGAGGAAAGAGUGGAGAAAGCCGAGUGUGUGAGGAACACAAUAAUCACAGCCCUGAGCUGCUUAUCUCCAGAGAUGCAGCAUAAGCUUUGCUCUUUGCACUCCGUUUUGACCAUUGUGCUACUUGAGUAAAUUUGCUCUUGGCCCAAGGGGAUCCGAGCCCCACCCUGCUUCCAAACUCUCUCCCUUUUCUCUCUCUCUCUCUCUUUAUCUAUCUGUCUGUCAGCCCUUAAAAUGUCUCACACCUUCACCACACAAAAUCUUGAUAAACAUUUCCAAAUAAAAGGUGAUGAGACCAAGCUGUAUGAAACAUAUAGCAUAUUUAGCUGUAAAUUUGAUGCGUGAGAAAUAACUCAACUUUAUUUGGCGGGGCUCUGUCAAACUUUUAGGAAACAAUGCAUGCCACUUCUCUGUUUACUAGAUAACAGAUUAAAGAGCAAGUUUCAACAACACAAAAACUUGUAUUUCCAAUGUCAGAGACUGCCUGCACCCCCUGCUAUCAGGUUGUUUGCUGUGCUUUUCUUUCCAGGGCAUUGGUAUGUAUGUUUAGGAAUUCUAAUCUUAUCUGAGUAUCUCCCUACAUUAACAUCUGUUAUGCUGCAAUUACCAUAUACAUUAGUCGACACCUGUUUCACUUAAACCUAUUUAAUUACGACAAUUGUACUGGUUUGUUGCGGGCGAAAACAAAUUCAUCCCCUUUUAAAAUAGGUUUGAAGUUCGGUCACAAUAAAGCCAAAUAAUUCAUAGUCCAUGUUCAUUUUGAACCGAACGAAAAAAAAAAAUAAGAUAAAAAAAAAUUAAAUGCAUUGCAUUGGAAAAUAAAAACCGCUUAGCCUAUUUGAUUUAUAAAAGCGUCGUGUAGACAGAUUUUGUUUACAAAACGCCAACGUCUACACAACGGUGUGUAAAAUAUAUAAAAUUAUAUGCAAAAAUAUGUAAAAUUCUCACGUUACGAUUCGUUAAGGCCUAUAAAUCUAUAAUAUGGUGUAAUAACUAAACGACUUUUUUAGCGAUGCUUAUUUAAAAAUGAAAAUAGCAAAAAUGCAUUAGGUCUAGCCCAUAAUAGUAAAAAAAGAGAUAGAAAAAAGCCGCUAUUUUGUUAGGCCUACCAAUUAAUCAGACGCCCAAUCUAUGCUAAAUACAUAGCCUGCAUUUUUUUUUUAGACUUACAUCAGAUCUAAUGUCAAAUCAAAGCGACUAAAGGUUUCAAACCCUUGUUAAUUAGUUAAAAGGUAUUUGCUUACUUUUUUAACGCUUCAGACACACAUUGCACCGUGUUGCUAAUCAAAUUUUGAUAAUGGCUCGUCAUGUUGUGUCUUGUAGCCUAUCGGUUUGCUCAAACAAAAAGAUGAAACAGUCUCAGCAAGAUGGAAAGAAAAGUUUAUUCUGAGACGUUAAUGUGCGACAUUUGUUCCGAAUAGCUUUAGUAGGCUAUCACUUUUCAGUUUUCCCGACUGAGCUUGAUUCAAUUCAUUGCAUGUUAGCUAUAGGCUUCAUGUAAACAAGAUUAAAUAUACUCUCUUAAAAAUAAAGGUUCUUUAUUGACGUAUUUAACAUCCUUGGAACUUUCCAUUCCUUCAAAGUUUUUUAGGUGAAAAGGGGUUCUUUAGAUUUAUUUUUUAAUGUUCUUCGCACAAAAAAAAGGUUCUUUUAGGAACUGAAAUGUUCUUUGAGGAACCAAAAAUUGCUCUUCUGUCAUCACUAUAAAUAAUAAAAAAUAUUUCUUAGGCCUAGAUAAAAUCAUUUAGCCGUGUCGUUUGACUUAACUUUUGAAAAAACUUUGUAAAUUAUAUCAUUUAAAACAGCCGGAUUUUCUUCAUGUAGACUAGACUAUAUACUACGUAAUGUUGCCUAGUUUUAAUUAUGUGAAACUAUUUGAGGUGGAUGUAUCACAAGAGCAUCUCCAGAAAAUGCGAAUUUCAAACGGAGUCCUACUCUUUUCCACUCUUCAGUACGGAUAAGCGUGAGAUAAGCAUCAUGAGUUUAAAGACUUUUAGAGGCCGUUAAAAGGAACAACCGAAAUUCUCCUUUGAAGGGAUUUACUCCCAGAGAAAUCCUUCGGAUCACAGCUGUCAAUCACCCACUCUGGUCCCGCCCACUGAUGCGGCUCCGCCUAUAAAGAGAGCCCGUGAACUCGUGGGAGUGUCAUUCAAACACUAGAGCUCAGGGAGUAAGGAUGCCUGCUUCACCAACGGGGUUUGGAAACUUCUUCAUGGACAGAAACAUCAACAUGCCCGCUGGAUAUCAAUUAUUGGGCUGCCCACCUGGAGUGCAACAGCCACCGCCACAUUUUGUGGGCAUGGCUGGGGUUCCCUUACCUUUCUCAGGAAUACCGGGGUACAGCUUCAUCCCUUAUCCUCAUCCGGGACACAUUGCACACAUUAGCAAUUCCUAUGACCUCAAAGCUGCAUCACCAUAUCACCAAGCUCUCCUCGGACGUGGGGGACCCUAUUACACUCCUUAUCGUCCCAUGCCAGCUGAUGACCCCAGUCGGGUCACCAAAGUGGCCACCCGGGAGAGCACCAGCGCUUUGAAGGCCUGGCUCAGCGAACACCUGAAAAACCCAUAUCCCACCAAAGGCGAGAAGAUCAUGCUUGCCAUCGUCACCAAGAUGAGCCUCACGCAGGUGUCGACGUGGUUCGCCAAUGCCCGGCGCCGCCUGAAGAAGGAGAACCGGGUCAGCUGGGCCUCCAAAGGAAAGUCAGAUGAGGAGGAUGAGGAAGAGGAGGGUGAGAGCGAAGAGGAGGGGUCCUUGAGGAAAGGCAUGGAGGAUGAAGAUGAGAUCGAUCCUCAAACGGUUGAUGAGGAGGAGGAUGUCACGGUGGAGGACCGUUUAGCAGAAGGACUUGAUCAGCAAAAAGAAAGUGACAAGUCUGACACAUCGUGUGAGACCAAAAGAGAGGUGUGUAAGCAAAACGUCGAUGCCCAGAAACCUAAAAUCUGGUCUCUCGCGGAAACCGCGACCUCUGAUAUCGUCAAGAAACCCAGCGAUUUGAAACACCAUCAAAGCCCAGACUUUGGGAAAUGGUGGGCUGGAUGGCCUUCAAGAGACUCCUACUCACCCGUGAACCUUUCCACACACAACCUUCUCAAACAAAGUCAAUGAGACUCUUCAUCCAAAACACUCUAGACUCAAUUUUGCACUUUGAAACCAUUGGGGACGUUUUGUUGUGGAAGUUUGCAUAAAAGAUUUAAUCAAAAUUCCUGCAUGGUUUAAAAACCAAAGGAAACGUGUUCUGUAAAUAUUGUACAUUUAUUUUGUUUAAAUUAUAAAUGCAUUUACCUGCUGACUUAUUUUUGCUAAAAUAAAACGUUGAAAAAUCUAA